AUGGGGGCUGAGCUAGCCAACGCUGCUAUCAACCUUGAUGGUAGCCAGGCUGCAGCUCCCGCCCUCGUGGAGGAAGAUACCCCGGCCCCAAUUAGCGAUCCCGACACCUAUUAUCCUGAUCAGCAUGACUGCCCCCUUCCUUGUGUCGACUACGCAAAUACACAUAGCUGGAUACCGUACAUCUCGGUUGACCGUCUUCGCCGUUGUGGGGAUCCUAUGCUACUCCAGUUUUCCGUCACACAGCCACUUGACAAUCCCAACUCCAACAUCCUCAUCCGCAGUUGCACUCUCUCAUCCGGUUCCGUUGCCCCCCUCCGAGCUGGUCAGUCUCCGGUUGAGAAUCCUAAGAAGUCUGAUGAUCUCAUCCAACCAAGUCUCAACACUGCACUAGCAUGUACUUCCUCUGGACAAGAGACCUCGGAUAAGCUGUCUGUUAUGACAACCACCGCUUGUGGGGCUGAUGGCGACCAGGUUGCAGGCCUCCUCGAAGGCAUGAAGAAGUUCUUUGAUACUAAAGACAACUGUGAUGAGAAUUUCCUAUUUGCCUAUCAUAAGAACACCGUCGCUAGCGUCUAUAUUGGCGCGCGUCUUGGCAAAACCACUGCAACGUCUGCUCUAAUGUCCUUGGCGGAACACAUGAGAGCCCAGGAUGUUGCUUCCAACCACACAGUCGCCCAGCUUUGCAGCAGUGGGCGUCAGCCAGAACGAGUAUUUGGCAUCUCAAUCGACAUCACCGGAGACUUGGCCGGAGUCCAAAAGACGGCCCUUGAGUGGAGCAAGGGGAAGUGCGCUGGCAAUGGAGACUUCGGCUUGGCCGAGGAUCUUGCUGGUGCUCGUGUGGUUGAGAUUGCCCGCUCCAAUACUUCUGUUCCCACCAAUGGCAGUUCUGUAGCCUCUCAGUUCCUACGGAGGAGCGGGAGGAGCUUCAAUCUCUUUGGCAAGCGUGCUACCUGUCGAUAUAUUCAAGUUGAAGCUGGUGACGGUUGUUGGAGCCUUUCUCAGCGAUGUGGAAUAUCAACCACCGAUUUUGAAAAAUUUAACCCAAAGCCAAACCUUUGUCAAGGUCUUCAGCCAGGCAACUACGUAUGCUGCUCGGCUGGUGACCCAUAUGAAGAACCUAAACCAGACCCUCCUAAGCCUAACCCCGACGGCACCUGUGCAACUCACCUCAUUUCGAACGGCGACACAUGCGACUCACUAGCCACACAGUACGGUAUUACUGUCGCUAACAUCGAAAAUUGGAACAAGGGCAAAACCUGGGCCUGGACGAAGUGCGAGAGAAUGCUUGUUGGCUACAAUAUGUGUGUGAGCUCUGGCUUAGCACCAAUGCCUCCGCCCCAGGCUGGAACUCAGUGCGGUCCAUUAGUUCCUGGCUCAGUCCGACCAACAAACCCUGAUAUCUCUCUCGCUGAUAUCAACCCCUGCCCACUCAAGGCUUGUUGCUCAAACUGGGGAUUUUGCGGGGUCUUUCCAGCUCAUUGUGAGGUUCACGCGCCGCCAGACGGUGGUCCGGGAAGUAAGGAGGACGGCUACAGUAGCACUUGUGUCUCUAACUGCGGUACGGACAUCAAGCAGAAUUCUGGGCCCCCUGAUAUCUACUCCCGGAUUGGCUACUACGAGGCAUGGAACCAAGGGCGUCCAUGCCUGUGGAUGAAGGCGAAGAACGCAAAUAUCGAAGAUUCCUACACUCACAUCCACUGGGCCUUCGCCUCUAUCGACCCAAUUACCUGGAAACCAGUUAUUGUUGAUGGUCAAGACCAGUGGGCAGACUUUAAAGCCCUGAAGAAUGUUAAGCGUAUCGUCUCAUUCGGUGGCUGGGCCUACUCAACUGAGCCUGCAACCUACAAUAUCAUUCGGCAGGCAAUUAUUGAUAACCGGAAUACAUUCGCUACCAAUCUCGCUCAAUUCGUUGAGGAUGAGGGUCUUGAUGGCGUGGAUAUUGACUGGGAGUAUCCGGGUGCUCCCGAUAUUUAUGUUGACGGCCAGCCAAUUGGCAAGAAAACUGAUGGUCAAGAUUACCUCUACUUUCUUGCUGUUUUGAAACAAAAGGUUGGCCCUGGGAAAUCUGUAUCUAUUGCCGCGCCAGCAUCGUUCUGGUACCUUAGGGCUUUCCCAAUCGCCCAGAUUUCUGCAGUAAUCGACUACAUUGUCUACAUGACCUACGAUCUGCAUGGCCAAUGGGACUAUGGCAACCCUAAUGCAUUUGACCAGUGUGACUCUGGGAAAUGCAUCCGUAGUCACGUUAAUCUCACGGAGACGCGAAAUGCGCUUUCAAUAGUGACGAAGGCUGGUACAGCCAACAACAAAAUCUUCGUCGGAGAGGCCAGUUACGGCCGAUCGUUCCACAUGGCCCAAGACGGCUGCUGGGAGCCUAUGUGUGACUUCACUGGUACUAGGACAGAGUCGGAUGCAACACCGGGUCGAUGCACGGGCACAGGGGGUUACCUCGCCUAUGCUGAGAUCAUGGAAAUUAUCAAGACCCGUGGCGAUAUUCAGACAUUCCAUGACGGCGCUUCCAACUCGGAUAUCUUGCUCUACAACGGCGACUACGUCAGCUAUAUGACCCCGACGACCAAGGAAACUAGGCGGAACGACUGGCAGCAACUAAACUUCGCCGGCACCAUUGACUGGGCGGUAGACCUGCAGGCGUUCUUGUCAGACGACAUGAAUGCCGCACCUGACAGGCCAGAGGUAGGAGAGGAAGGUUGCGUAUCUGGAGUGGACUUGUCCGUCAACUCUGGCGACUUGUGCGAGUUCACCUGUUCCUAUGGAUUCUGCCCAGAGUCUCUGUGUGAAUGCACGACCACAGGACCGGUGCAGGAUCCCCCAGUUCGGAAGCCCAAGAGCAGCAUUAUCGCCUGGGACGAGUUUGACGUGGAUCUAAAUCGUCUCUGCAAGUUCGCCUGUGAUUACGACUACUGCCCACCCGAUGUGUGCACAACAGUGUAUGUCCCGCCCCCAGAUGACGCUCCUGCUGAGGAACAGUCAUAUUAUGAGAAGGCCCGUCUCGAGAACCAGAAGAACUGUUUUGUUUACAAGGAGCAAGGUAAACGAGAGCGGAGUUAUGACCAAUGUUACCCUUACUGCAAACCAGCGCUGGAUGCAGCCGCCCAAGAGGGUCGGACAUCGAAUUACGGCUGCAUUGGGUUCUACGAAGGACAGGAUGAGAUCCCCUGGAUGUUCUAUCCGUCAACGAUGGUCGAGGUUGCCCCUGGCCAGUGUGUCUGCGACAACUUCUUGAUAAAUGAGCUCGCCGAUACCAUCAUGGAGGCCAUGCCAAUGAUCGCUGCAAUCGGUUGCUAUAUCCUGAUGUCGUCUCUGAGGCUCGUGCUCGAAAUCGGUGCCCAAUUUAUUCCUGGAGUAGGCAAAGCUCUGGAUGCUGGUUUGGACAUGGCUGCUACCGCUGCGCAGAUGGCUGCGUAUAUCUACCCAGAAGAAGAAGAUCCGGAAGGCGCGUUCUCAUGGUGGCUAAGCCCAUGUGGAGGGACGGAACUUGUUCCAGAGGAGAUUAAGACGCUCUUUGAUAUCCUCAAUAUGGUGCCUUCAGGCGUGUCGAGCUUCAAACCACCAAAGAAUAUCAGGAAAGGGAGUGGUAAGAAGGGUGAUGAUGGCAACCCGACAGACCGGGGCGUGGUCCGCCCCGUGGGUUCUAGACAGAAGUGCAGAGUGCCUCCGGCGAUAUCAACCAUGCGGCUUGGCCCGGCGAAGAAUACGCUUCGGGUACAGUCCUGUUUCGGGGAUAAGACGACGACGCGGGAGUCGAUCAUUACAUCGAUCGAAUAUGCACCCUUCGCCAAGCCCACGCAGGUUGUAGCGACAUGCAAGGAGGCGUGGACGCAGGCCUGCUUCCACUAUAGCUCAGUCAUCUCAGUCAAUAACCAGUGGGCCACACUGACCUGCCCACAGGAGGCUGCCACAACUAAGGUCCGACUUGAUGCCCAGGCAACGGCUACCUGGUCCUCUCAGCAUCGUGGUAAAGGUUGGAGAAACAAAGCCAACCGGGCGCACGCAGUAUGCGAUAGGGACGAGUACCCACCGGCGUACCUCUUAGGACCUAAUGACCCCGCUCGCCUCAACAGUGGUCAAAAUAGGCAGGGCCAACUGGUGCGCUACAUUCCAGAUUCGGAGAAUCGUGGAGCCGGAUCGAUGUGGAGGGGCGCAUGCUUUAUCCCCCCGGUUAAGGAGAUGUCAAACGAUGAUAUUCGGAGUAAAGUUACUCUCGCGCCGAACAACAAGAAGCAGGUGGUCAAUUUCCGCAAUCUUCAGCAGACCUAUGCGGCGGUUAGUGUCGAUAAGCACCCAGAGUUCACCAUUGGCAAGUGGGAGCAGAAAAAACCACCAUCCGGAGACGAUGGACUGCGAGACAAUCCUUGCUGGCCCAGUGCGAUCGCAGCGGAUGACCCGGGCUUUGCUCUUCUCACUUAUGACGCCUAUUACGAUACACAUGAUCAGCCGUACGACUAUCAGGCAGCCUAUGUAAAGGGGUCAAAUGGGUCGUGA